GCAUUCACAUUUGACAUCGAGCUCUAUAUAUAUCUUUUAAUAGCAUUUCACAUUUUCUUCUUGUGAGAUAUUAAUUUCAUAUUUGUUUUUUAACACACAAUUUGCAUAAACUGCAGGUGAGAUCAUGGGGAGACCUCCUUGUUUUGACGAAUUGAAUGUGAGAAGGGGUCUUUGGACAGCAGAGGAAGAUGCAAAACUACUUGCUUAUGUCUCUAAGCAUGGGACAGGAAACUGGUCUGCCCUUCCCAAGAAAGCAGGACUUAGGAGAUGUGGGAAGAGUUGUAGACUUAGGUGGACCAAUUACCUGAGGCCUGAUCUGAAGCAUGACACCUUCACACCCCAUGAAGAAGAGCUUAUCGUCAGGCUUCAUGCAGCCAUAGGCAGCAGGUGGUCAAUCAUAGCCCAACAGCUUCCAGGAAGAACAGAUAAUGAUAUAAAAAACUAUUGGAAUACCAAACUAAGAAAGAAGCUUUCUGAAAUGGGAAUUGAUCCUGUUACUCAUAAACCCUUCUCUCAGAUCAUUGCUGACUAUGGAAACAUUGGUUGCCUUCCAAGAUAUGGAAACAGAAUUAGCUCUUUAACUAGAGACCUCAAAAAUGCUUUCAUCUCCAAACCAGCUGAAGGUUUAACAAUUUCAAACCCUAAUAAUUAUAAUACCCAUCAUUUGGUGCCUCCUAAAAUGGAAUCAAUUCAAGAAUGUUUCUUGAACAAUGGUGCUAGUUGCAACCAAUCAUUAGAUCUUCUUGAUCAGCUUCAAGCCAUUAAGCUAGUAACAGAAGCUACCAAUUUUCUUAGAGAUCAAGGCUCAUUAUCGUCUUCAGCAUCUUCGUCUUGUUCUAAUUCUUCUUCUUCAACUUGCUCUACUGCUGGUCAAGAAAAAUCUGCACUAAGCUUUAGUUGGCGUGAUUUUCUUCUUGAUGAUGCUUUUAUUUCAAACGAUAAUCAUAACUAUCAAGUACAGGAACAAGAAAAUUUUAUGGAGCUUUCGUCUAAGGGCGAUUUUACGGGUCAAAUACGAAAGAUGGAUAUGGCGAUUCCCACUCCCGGUACUGGCCAUCAAGACCCUUCUUCUUGUUCUGAUGCUUCCUUUCUUGAAGCAAUGUUAGAUCAAGAAAAUGAGGAUUUCUUGGAUUUUCCUAACCUAUUAGAGGAAUAAUUCUCUUACUCAUUAUACAGUUACUUCUAAGUGGAGCUGAAUUUCAUGAAUUUGUAAUAGUUUCUUUUUUUUUUUUUUAAUGUUAAGCUUGUCUUUCUUGUUAUACCUUCUAAUUGUUUCUUAUUUGAUUUCCAGUGGAGAUUGGGAGCUCAUUUUUAUAA